UUGGGACUCGAAGAGGCACAUGUCAAUCUCCACAGGAACGUUCACGUGGGAUUCUGCACUGCGGCGGUACACUCUUCGAGCUUCACCUCUAUCAUUCCAUCAUCAGCCGCGUCUAAUCGCACUUUGUUCAGUCGUGGAUGAAUCAUCGGAAUGUCUUCUCCAAGCGAAACCCACAUGGCAGUGCAUUCUCUGUUUUUCCGGCUUCGUCUUCAUCGAUUUUGCUUCGUCACUCUGCAAUAAAUCGUGGAUUCACGUCACUCUUCACUCAGUCUGCGUUCGCUGAUGCUCAUCUCAGUUUGAUAAUUCGAGCUCUUCUCAACAACAACUGCUACUGAUAAUGCAACGACGUUGAUGCAGAACCGAAACUAUUUGCAGAUUGAAACAGGCAAAAUGAAGACUUACCAGUUUCAACGCAGCGUUAACAACAUGUAUCGAUUCUGCUUUUCUCGUUUGUAUACUUGGUGCGCGUAUCCGCUUCGUGCUCUCCCUCCUUCUUUCCCUCUGCUUCAGUGAGUGAUGUGAGCUUCUUCUUCCUUCUUGUGAUUUGGUGAAGAGAGUAGUGUCGUGUGGAUUGAUGCCGAGUGGAGAUGAAGUGUGAGGAUAAUGAUCCGAGAGCAAGAUUGAGGAAUGAAUGGAGGAUUUUAUAGAGUGGUGGUUGCAACAGAUUGAGCAGCUUAGGGCAAACAUGUCAGUUAUUCAUCAGUUAUUGGGUCAUUGUUUGCAGUACCGAUGUAUUGAUGCAGCGACUUAUGGUGUUCAAGGCCCGUGUAGGCUGAUGCCGUGUUCAUCUACUGCAAUAGGACUUGCUUGGUCCACCAGGCUUUUGCUGUGGAGUUUUGCAGUGGAUGAUUAUCACAGAGCUGUUGCGAAAUCUGAAAUUUGCAGGUUCAAAUGCUUAUUCAAGUGUAAGUGUUGCUUGGUUGGUUGGUUAGUUAGAAGUGGUUCUGGUGCAAUUUCGUCAUGAGUUCUGUUGGAAUGGUUUGUUGUAUAUGGUUUUUUUCUUUGCUUUGGUUUAUAGGAAAUACUUUUGGAAUGUUAAACUAUUACUUAACUUCUAUUAGUUAUUUAUUCAUGUUAAAUGCAAUGGUUAAGUGUUAUUGGUUUGGAAGAGUGACAUUAAUUGUGAUAUGAGUUGAAAUUGGAGGAGAAUUUGGUUUUGAUGUCGACUUCCCACUGACUAGGGCGAUUAACUUUCGGUUUCAAUUCUGUUUUGGCAUUAUGGAUUUUGUACGUCACUUAUUGUGUGUGUUGUAUGCAGAGCCAAUGUUGAUUCUGUUAUGCACUUACACCAUGAGUCAUUUGGCCAGGUUAACAUAAGUUGUGGCAUGCGAAUCAUGUCGGGCAAUGGAUUGUGUUAUGUGACGGAUUUUGGCAUGAUGGUUGGUUUUUGAAUUGUCUUGACAUUGAUUUCAAUUUGUUAAUUGCUCAUGAUUUUAGUUUUGUUUGAAGGUUCACGGUCGAAUGCUCCUAUUCGCACAACUUGAAGAUGGAUUAUCUUUGGCUCGAGGAAUUCUGGAAUUAGGCUUGGUGAUUUUGGAGUGAAUUAAUUAGGCUUAGAAACCUUGUAAUUGAACUAGCCAACGUAAGGUAAAUAUGUAUAGGCCAUGGUUUUGGAUAUAAUUUAGAAUUUGGUUGAAAAACCCAUGCUUAUCCUUGUAGCUUUCUUCUUUGUGCAAUGUUUGAAUCAAAUCAAAAACAUGUAAACCAUGAUUGGAAAUGUAUGGAAAUGUGAAUGGUUGACUUAUGAAAUUUGUAAAGGUUGGAAAUUCUUGUCUUGUUUGGAA